CCCACAAUUACUAGAAUAUAAUUGUGUAUUUGAGUUUAUAUAAAGAGGUCAUUUUGAGAAGCCUUUGGUUAUAAAAAUCUGUAAUGGGUAUCUGCAUAUCCCGAGCAUCUCCAGAGAUUCAUGAGAUUGACUAUGGCCAUGACAACAUCAUAUAUUACCAACAUACCCCUUCUGAUAAAAGAAUUGGCUCCAUCCAUACACAUCAAGGAUCCAAAGGAUUCAACCAAGAUGCUGCCAUUCUUUACCAGGACUAUGGAAUGGAAGAUGGAGCAUUUGGUGGGGUGUUUGAUGGCCAUGGAAGGAAUGGUCAAAUAGUGAGUAAAUUUGUGAGAAAUAAGUUGCCAUCAUUGAUCAUUAACGAAAGGAAUUCCAGCAUAGCAAAGGGGAAAACAGUAAUUGAAGAUGAUGAGAAUGAGUCCAAAGAUUUCCAGAUUUGGAGAGAUGCAUGUUUUGGUGCCUUCAAAGUCAUGGACAAGGAGAUUAAGGUUAUCGAGCAUGUAGAUUGUUCCUGUAGCGGCACAACCGCUGUUAUUGUUAUCAAACAGGGUGAAGAUCUGGUUAUUGCUAAUCUUGGUGAUUCGAGAGCAGUGCUAGGAACAAUUGCUGAAAAUGGAAUUACGCCUGUGCAAUUGACCAUUGAUCUCAAACCAAGUGUACCUUCUGAAGCAGAUCGAAUAAGGAAGUCAAAUGGUAGGGUGAUGGCGCUAAGAGAAGAACCACAUAUAGAUCGAGUGUGGUUACCACAUCAUGACUCACCGGGGCUUGCCAUGUCUCGCGCUUUUGGGGAUUUUGUACUAAAAAGUCAUGGGAUUAUUGCGGUUCCUGAUGUCUCUUAUCACCGAUUGACCCCCAAGGAUCAGUUUCUUGUUCUUGCAAGCGACGGGGUGUGGGAUGUGCUUAGCAACAACACAGUAGCAUCAAUCGUGUGGUCAGCAGAUAGUGAAGAAUCAGCCGCAAAAGCAGUUGUUGUAGCAGCAACUGCUGCCUGGAAACAAAAGUUCCCUUCGUCAAAAAGGGACGACUGCACCGCAAUAUGUUUCUUUUUACAAAAAGAACCCUCAUCAAAACUAGUAUAGAAUACGACAAGUAUACUUCUUUUUACUUGAACUUGUAUGAUCACUCAAAACUUGUUGGUGGUUCAACACAAAUUAAGACAAGUAUAUUUUUACAAGCUUCUGGUUUUUUAGUAUAUAUUUUAAUACAAGCUUCUGGUUUUCAUUCA